CCCCAAACAAUACCAUGCAGCAUUUAGUCUAGCAUGAGACAGCCAGGGGUGAGCACCCAAGUUUUCCAUCAUUAAAGGUGCUGAAGGGGACCGAGCGCUCCGGGGAUACCAUCAACCCAGGGGAAAGUGUUCCACCAUGUUCAAGACCAGCUACAAGCGUGAGCUGCACAAGGAGAAGUACGAGCGCUCCGAUGUCUUUGAUGUGGAACCGGAGGACUCUGAAACCUCCGCGGGCAUCUCAGCCAUCCAGGGCUGGGAGAGCCUUCAAGAGCUCAACGGCCGCUUCGCCAGGUACAUCAACAGGGCCCGGGUUCUGGAGCAGCGCAACGCUGUGUUCCGUAAGCAGCUGGAGACGCUGCAGCGGAUGGAGGAGACCAGUGGGCUGGAGGAGACCUUCACAGAGCAGAUCGGGAUCAACAGGCAACGCAUCAGACAGCUGAACUCCGACCACACCAAACUAGAGCGAGAGCUGAAGGAGGCCUGUCGCAUGUUGGAUGAAUUCACCAACAAGUAUAAAAAUGAAUGUGAUUAUCAGGAGCAGCUGCGGGGCACACUGGAAAAUUUAAACAAGGAGGCAGACAGUGCGCUACUGAAAAACCUGGAGUACCAGAUCGAGUCUCAGUUUUUGCAGGAUGAUAUCAAUUCUACCAGAGAAAGACAUAAGAAGAAUCUUGCAGAAAUCCAAACCUAUGUCAACAUUUUGCAGCAAAUAAACCAGACACUUCCCCUUGUUCCCAAUGUGUCAGUUGGCAUCUCCGAGGAGCAGGAGAGACUCCUGGCCCAGAAGAAAGUACCGGAGCUGCAGAGUCAGCUGGAGGAGUACAAGAGCACCCUCUGUCAGCUGCAGGCGCAGAAACAACGCCAGCAGAAUGAGACUGUAAUGCUGGAGCAGGCCAUAAAAGUCACUCAGGAGAGCUACGACAGCGAGAUCCAGACGUACAAUGAAAAAAUCGAAUCCAUACGCAAGGAGAUCGAGGACGCUGAGAAGUCCCUGGAAAAGUUCACAAGUGAAUGUCGCCACCUGGCCAUGUACCAGACAUCACUAGAGAACGAGCUGGAGCGGUACAWGAGGAUCAUCGAGAAUGAAGACAACAGGUUGAAUUCUGCAAUAAUUGGCACACCCAUUACCCUGUUUUCAUCUAAUUGCCGCUACACUCACACAACCAGCCCAUUAAGCAGAGGAAGAGACAUCACCCAGGCUUUCCAGGACAUCACAAGCAUCAAGCCUCGGCAGAAGAUACUUGCCAAAAAGGUCCUGAAGAAGAAAGAGCUGACCCCAAAAGACGUCAUCGACAGCGUUCAGGAGGACAGAAAGGGUGGAGAGGAUGAAAUAAAGGUGACGCAGUCUGAAGAAAUGCAUGAGGAGAGGGUGAAAAGAAAAGAGCAGACGCCGCUUCUCGCCGGAGUGCCUUCACAGGAUGUCCCAGACGGAGCUCAGAUCAGCAAAGCCUUUGACACACUUUGCAGCAUCGUCAGAGACAGAAUGAGGAGGUACAAGAGGCCAGAGCCGAUAGCGGACUUCUACACCAGGGGUCGAUACGUUCUUGUUACCGGUGAUGGCAGCUACCUGGACCCUAGCUUCUACACCUCCACACCCUCAGCCGGCCGCAUCUUUGUCACUAUCCGAGAUGGAAGGAUGUCUCCUUAUGACCCUUAUGGACGCAACACACCCUCUCCUGUCCCCCCACUGCCCAUGGUGGACCCCAGGCCUUUAAGCCCCACCGUUCCUUCUCGUGGCGGAGAAGGAAAAUUUGACAACAGGGGCGGUAGAGCUAAAGAUAGUGAAGGAAAAGGUAAAAGCAGCGAUGGAGACCCUCGUCCUUACCCCAAAUACCCAAGCCCUAAUCCUCCCCCACCUGGCCCAAGCUCCCACGAUCCCAYCCAUCCUGGCAGUAAGCCCAAGAAAAACGACAAUGGCCCAAGCAGACCUACUCCAAAGCCUGCACUUCGUGCUGACAGUACCAGCUCCAGCAGCACCAGCACCACCAGCUCCAGCAGCUUCUCCCCCAACACCAUGAGCUACGAGAAAGUGGAGAUGGUCGAGUCUGUGGAGAAGUUUUCCAACGGUCGCCGAGUCAAARGUUAUGAAGAAAUGUCCAUGGUAGUGGAGACCACGAUUGAGAAGUCGACAAAGAAGAAACACUGAAACCACCAGGUCCAAAUAGAAAGACGGUGCCAAUAUUGGUCUCUGCUUGAAUAAAAUUAAUUUUCAAACCACCAUAUUAACACUAAUGAUUCUGUCUCUUAGGGAGACCAAUUAAAACCAAACACAUUACUGCUCUCAUAGUUAAAUCUUUCCCAUUUGCUUGCAGCUUCUGCUAAUGAGUCCAGGAUGUGUUUCACCAUCAGUCCUCCUGCUGCUGUUGUUCAGCAUGCACCCAUGGGAUGAGGCCUUUUUUUGUCAGAAAACUUGGGAAGAGAAAAGAAAGCAAAUAUCUACGCCACAAGUAAAACCAAACUAGAAAGAAUGAAUGAAGUUGUGCCACCCUUUGCAGAAACUCUUUAGGAACAUUUUUUUUAUUUUACUUUCCCUCUGAGCUCAUUUGUUCAGUUGGAUGCCAUUAUUUACCCUCAGCACAGUUUUGCUGUGUAUUAUUUGCUUUGAUACAUGGAAUAAUAAAGGAUUCAAACAUGAA